CCCCACGGCCCAGCCGGCGGCCUCCAUCACGAGCGUACUCCUAGUGUGGGGGUGUGGGGUGCGUUGCGUUGCGUGCGAUCGUCAGUGGCAGUGGCAGGCAUAUGCAUGUUACUGUACCACCACCACCCACCCACCAGGGAAGUGCGCCUCCGCCUCCGCCUCUGCGAGCUGCUCGAUCAGUCGACGAGAGGAGGUAAAAACACAGACCAACGCCGCCAACCAAAACCAACCCUCCCGCUGCUGCUGCUGCUGCUCCUCCUCUAACAAACGAGACCGCCGCCACAGCCAGCACCACAACCACCACCACCACCACAGGACAGGACAAACAACCUCACGCGGUGAACUCUCACCUCACCUCAACAUACUACUCUACUACAGCUAAGAUCUCACUGCUGCCGACUCCCCUCUCCCCUCCCCUAGACACAGACACAGACACAGCCAGCCAGCCAGCCAAACCGCUCACCGCACACGCCGAAUUGAAGCACCCAGCCAGCCACCAUGUACGCCGACGCCGGGUUCGGCUUCGCCGCCGCCUACUCCCCCGCCCUCGCUUCCUCGCAGCCCCAGCCACCGCCGCCCUUCGACUACGCCUUCUCCUCCGCGCCCGUGCCAGCGCUAACCAUGCCCGCCAUGGACCACGACGCCUUCGCCGCCGCCUCCGCCCACCUGGGGAGCUUGGUACAGCCAUCCAUGGUAUCAGAAUAUGACCUCGGAGGAGAAGGGGACCUGUUCAAAGCUCCAGAAGCCAUCAUCGAGGAACCGCUGCUCAGCCUUGAUCCUGUCGCAGCUGCGUUUUCAAUGAUGACUGGCAAUGAAAGUGCCAUGGAUCAAACUAUCAAGGAUGCAGGCAUCGGCACCAUCCCAAAUGACCCUCUCCUGAGUGAAGUGUUAUAUGAGUGCGAGAAGGAACUCAUGGAGAAGUCUGCAAUCGAAGAGACAAUUUCUGAACUUAUGGAUGUUAAGAUUCCUAUGCUGCAAGUUGAAGAAAUCCCAAGCCAAGCUGAACAAGUUCUUAUACAGACCCAACUCCCGGCCAUGGAGAAAGAGAAGCAAUCCAUUCCUGAAUGCUCGCUCCAGAAAAGUGUUAGUUCUGGAUGCCUCAACUCAGCAGAUUGGAUGAAUGGACCUGUCAGGCCAAACUUUCUAGAUUUCCAAGGGCUGGACUUUGAGGCAGCAUUUGGGAUGAGGAGAGCUUACAGUGAAGGAGACAUUCAGAACCUUGGAGCCAACACGCCUCGACCAGCGGCGCACGCAGCAAAUGCUCAAACGUCUUGUGAGAGGCUUGUAACCAUCAGUGACCUCAAGACUGAAGAAAGGAAGCAAAAGCUUUCCAGGUAUAGGAAGAAGAAGAUCAAGCGGAAUUUUGGCAGGAAGAUCAAGUAUGCUUGCAGGAAGGCUCUAGCAGACAGCCAGCCAAGAGUGCGAGGGAGGUUUGCCAAGAUCGAAGAAUGCGACCUGCUGAAACCAAGCGUUUAGAUGGUGGCAAAAACAUGAAAGGAAUCCAGUCGAGAGCGAGCUUCAUGGAGCUUUGGCUUCUAGAAGCUUCUAGGCGCUCCGCCUUCUGCGAUGGAGGUGGAGAGGCACCGCGUAGCCCGUCGGAAUUCAUUUAGCUGUUCAAUUGACCUCUUCUGUUUCACUCGGGCUGCGUUCUAUUCUAUUUCCCCUGUGUAAUAAUAUCCGGUCCUUUGGUGCAAGGGAGUGAAGAGCUGAAAGUGGUAGUCUAGCCCCUGUACAAAGGCAUGGCAAUAAAACUCAGCUCCCCUCUUGCUUGGCAUGUUAUUAUAUAUCUCAUCUGAAUCUGGCUCUUA